CAAUCGCAACAUCUCGGGGAAAUUUCCGGCAACACUCGGAAAUCUACUCAAAUUUCCCCGAGAUGUUGCGAUUGCCAUUGGUUGAGCCACAGUUUUGACAUGCGCAUUGUCACUUCUUGUUUCUCAGCACAUGCGCAUCUCUAACCAAAGUGCGUCGUAAUUACAUAAAUACUCGCUUGUCAACAAAAGGUUAGCUGCAGGAUUUGAUAAACAGGACGUCUACUUUGAAUCAAGAACUCCAAUGUCGCUUAUAAGAUAAUUGUUAUUAUCAUAGUCUAGCAAGUACUGGAUACGUGAAUCAUGUCGGGGGUUCUUAAUAUCACAACACUACUGGUUUUGUGUGCGAGUAUUGGAUUGAUAUGUAGCACCAAGUAUACUCCGGACUGGGCAUCUUUGGAUUCCAGGCCCCUGCCAGCAUGGUUCGAUGAGGCCAAGAUUGGAAUCGAACUCCAUUUCGGGGUAUUUUCUGUACCCGCCUUUGUCGGCGAAUGGUUUUGGUACGAAUGGCAGACCUCCAAGAGUCCCUCCAUUGUCAAAUUCAUGAAGCAAAAUUACCCACCUGAUUUUACCUAUGCUGAUUUUGCACCAAAAUUUACAGCCGAAUUUUACAACCCGGAACAAUGGGCGGACAUCGUAAGCGCCUCUGGUGCGAAAUAUGUUAUUCUGACAACCAAGCACCACGAAGGUUUUACCAACUGGCCCUCCAAUGUCUCGUGGAACUGGAACUCCAUGGAUGUUGGACCUAGACGGGAUAUUGUUGGUGAACUGGUGGAUGCUGUGAAGAAGAAGCCAGGUUUGCACUUUGGAGUUUACCAUUCCUUGUAUGAGUUCUAUCACCCACUAUACCUCCAGGACAAAGCCAAUGGAUACAAAACGCAGGAAUUCAUCAAGCGUAAGACAAUGCCAGAAAUGUAUGACCUGGUCAACAGAUACAAACCUGAGAUUAUCUGGUCAGACGGAGAUUGGGAGGCAAAAGAUACCUACUGGAAUUCAACAGAAUUCAUUGCCUGGCUGUACAAUGAAAGCCCAGUGAAGGAUACAGUGUUGGUGAAUGACCGAUGGGGUAGUAAUACCAGAUGUCUCCAUGGUGGAUACUGGAACUGUCGUGACAGAUACAAUCCACGAGUUCUUUUAAAGCACAAGUGGGAGAACAUUAUGACAAUGGACAAGAAAGCGGGGGGAUAUCGACGAGAAGCUGAUCUCGAUGAUUACUUCACCAUGGAAGAAUUGAUAGAGAACAUUGUUUCAACUGUCAGUUGUGGUGGUAAUAUCCUGAUCAACAUUGGUAUAACCCAUGAUGGACGUGUGAUUCCUAUUUUUGCGGAACGACUCAAACAGAUGAGUCAAUGGCUGGAUGUUAAUGGCGAGGCUAUCUACGCCACCAAACCCUGGACACACCAGAAUGAUACUAUCACAUCUGGUGUCUGGUACACUUCAAAGAAAACGGACACUGGGAGAGAUGUAUAUGCUAUAGUGCUGGACUGGCCAACUGAUAAUGAGCUCUUCCUGGGAUCACCUGAGUUGACCUCAGACACGGUUGUGCAUCUAGUCGGAUACUCGGGUGAAAUAAGUUUGAAAAGAGGAACAAAAUCUGGAGUUGUAGUACAAAUCCCCAACAUUCCAUACAGCAAAAUGCCAUGUCAGUGGGCUUGGGUCUUCAAAUUUUCAAAUCUCAAAUUUUAAAGUUAUUUUGUACUGGCGACAUUUUUACAAUCUGAUCAAAAUCAGCUGUAACAUGGCUACAUUUAAUAUAUACUUCGCCUGACAGGCGUAGUACAUAGUAAAAAUAGCAAUGUAACAGCUGAUUUUAAUCAGAUUGACAUUUUAUUCACAUUUACCUAUCUUGGUAUGGUUAGAAGGAAAAAAAUGAAGAUAAUCUUCAUUUCAUGAAAACAACUUCAAUUGGGAAUGGGGCCCAUAAAUGGCCAGAAAAAGCUGUCUUUAUGAAAAAAAUUUUUUUUAGUAUGUAAUUUUGUCACUUAGUGUAAAAAAGUGGUCUCAUAUUAUUUACUUCUGUUACUUUUGGUAAAAGGCUGUCUAGCAUUAUGUAAUUCUGUCAUUUUGUGAAAAAAUGUUGUCUUAUAUCAUAUACUUCUGUCAUCUGCACAUGUAAUCCAGCUUUAGUUUUUGAGUAUAGUUGUUAAAUAAGGUUUUGGGUGCGAGAAGUUUUAAUAUAGUGGAACUUCUUUAAACCGAUGAUGCCCAGUGCAUGAAAAUUGGGACAUUUUAGAUAGGGUGUGGAGAAGUGAAUCUAUUCUGACUGGUCAGGAUCGGGGUAAUAUUGAUUAAAAAGACAUUUUCUAUCCUUGAAACAGUGGUAAUAUUAUGGAUGUUAAUGAAUAAAAAAAAAAGCUAACCAAAUAAGUUCUAGUACUGAUUGCAAAAUUAAAUGUAUGCCAUGAUUAUAUAAUUUCACAAUGGUUUCAUUGGUAAAGACCUGCAUCCUGACUGUCGCUACACCUCUGUGCUAUAGGGUAUGAAAAGGAGUGUUUAUUUCAUUGCAACUUUAACGGCUUUACCAAGAAAAGUUCGUAGAACUAUAAUUUAAACAUUAACCAGUUCCUACCAAUAUUUUUCAUGACAUCGAUAUGGCAUUUUAAAAUGGUCUAAUGUUUUCUUUCUUAUCAUAUGCAAUCAUAUCAAGAGCUGACCGGUUUUGAGAAGGAUUAGUUUCAGGAAGUUGCACUGUAUAAGAUAUUUUCCAGUGCAAGAUAUUUUGUGAUAUACAUUUGUAUUAUAUAUUCUGGUUCAAUUGUUACUUAUGAUGUGCCUUUCAUAUCUUAUUACAGAGUUGAAUUAUCAUUGUUAUUUUACCUAUGUAGAGCCUACUUUUCAUAUGCAUGUAAGUUAUCAGUGAAAUAUUGGAGUCCCAUUAUAGAAUAUGUCUGUUAUACCCUAGUUUCCAAACUCAGUACUAUGGAAGAUGUGUGUUUCAAGUACAGUUUUCAAGUUACAUGGCGACUCGCACUGCAUUGCAUGAUGAUUGUCGAAGCUGAUUAUGAUGAGGUUAUUUUGUACUGAUUGUAUUCUGUACUGACCUCUAUGAACCACAAACAGGAGAGUAAAAAGUAUUUGCGGUUCUGAUAGUCAUCUUGAUAUGUUGGUGAUCACUAGGUUUACAUAUUAAUGAUACACUUAUGUUGGGUAAGUUAAUGACUUAUGAGUUAAGGUAAUGUGAUUCUUCUUAGUAUACAAUCAAAAUUGACUUAAUGUUCCAGUAACCUUAUGUUCUUAGUAUACAAUUCAAUAUUGAUCUUAACAUUCCAGUUCAGUUAACUUUAUGUUCUUAUUAUACAAUCAAUAUUGAUCUUAACAUUCCAGUUCAGUUAACUUUAUGUUCUUAGUAUACAAUCAAUAUUGAUCUUAACAUUCCAGUUCAGUUAACUUUAUGUUCUUAGUAUACAAUCAAUAUUGAUCUUAACAUUCCAGUUCAGUUAACUUUAUGUUCUUAUUAUACAAUCAAUAUUGAUCUUAACAUUCCAGUUCAGUUAACUUUAUGUUCUUAGUAUACAAUUCAAUAUUUAUCUUAACAUUUCAGUUUACUUUAUGUUCUUAGUAUACAAUUCAAUAUUUAUCUUAACAUUCCAGUUAAAUUUAUGUUUAUAGUAUACAGUCAAUAUUGAUCUAAAUAUUCCAGUAACUUCAUGAGUGUGUUAGAGUGGCUACAUAUUCCAGUACUUGUGAUACUGUUGUGGAGGUUGGCUAGAUCCUGUAAAGGUUUGUUUAGAGGAAGUUAUAUGGAUUGUAUCAGCAUUCUUUUUAUAGACUUUUUUCAUUCAAUAUGAUAUAUAAAAUCUGUGUCUCAUUUGAUGAUUUGAUGUGAAAUAUUGCAUAAUAGAGGGUGAAGAAACUUAAAUGCAUUUUGUUUUUAUUUUAAUAGAAAUUUAUAUUUUUUCAUUAUUUUUUUUAUAUAAUUUUUCAACUCUUACAGCUUAUAAUUAUUUCUAUAUGAAUGAGUUACAAAUCCAGGACAUGUUUUCCUUGGUAACAGGAAUCUCACUAUGUGAUAUGAAAUUAAUUUUGUGGUAAAAUAAUUAUUCCAAUAAAUGGCCUUUGUCGAUUUUGUCAAAAAUACGGGGUUGCACAUCUGAAUUAUUUAUAUAAAGAUAUAAAAAAAUGUGUUUACAUGUCUAGAUCAUAAUGUAAAGCUGUACCUUUGAUAUAACAUUUUUGUUUGUUUCUAAAAUAAAUGACCUUUACCUGCUUUGUUAGUCCCUGAGUGGAAGAAUGUGUUCUCUAUCUAUUAAAUUUAUCCACUACCAAUAUAUGUAGUCUGGUUGUGACAACAUUUAAGAAUAUGUGUGAUGCAUACUCAUUGGCCUCCUUGUCUCUAUACCUAUACAGGUAUAUUGCUAUACCUGGUACAAUUAUAAUAACAAGAGAUGCUCAUAUUGUAACUUUUGAAGAGUCAUUUGAAACAAUCAUAUGCUACAAAGUUUGGAAUCUAGAGAAAUUAUAUACAUUUAGUUGGAGAAUCUCUUUUAUUUUUAAGAGCUAUGAUCUGGUAAGACUCCAAGAAUGUAGAAUUCCAUUUGCCCGACUUCCUGGGCUUUAUUAGUCUGUGGGCUUGUGAAAAAUUCCUGUUACAAAUCUGCAUAAGCUAAUCUGUUUUCUGCAUUAAAAGCCAGCCAGUUUCUGUACAUAGUUCUGAUAGCUGUAGACAUGACAAUAGGUCCGACUAAUAAGAUGUUUACAACCACAGGUGAUUGACAUCGAUAUUAAGAAUUCAAGUGCACAGGUGACCCUUAUUUAAACUCAAGUUAACUGACAAGUCGAGAAAGUUACACAUUAGUUUGAUUAUGAAGUGACAUUUAAUGAUCAUAUCACUUAGAUUAUUUAGACUUAUGAAUCUUAUUAUAAAUCAAGUUAAUGUUGUAACUGUUUGUAUCUGUUUUGAUAGAUGUGAUAUGCACAGUGUAUUCACAUAGCAGAUGUGAUCAUCUCAAAUUAAGAAACUGUUGGCAUUCUAUAUAGGAUAGAAAAUCUUGAUAUCAUGUGAAAGCUUCUAAUUACAAUUACAACAUUGUAAAUUUAUAAAUCAAAAUUUCAACUCUGUUUGCCUUACAAGAUUCCUCCAUCUAAUUAAAAUGUGACUUGUAAUAUCUGCUCCUCUGCAAUACUUUACGAUACUUUUCAAUACAGUGUAUCAUAGAGGAGUGGACAUUACAAGUCUAAGUUUCCUGUGAUUAUAAUUUCAAGCUUAACGUGAUAUUAAUUCCAUUACUAUUGGCACCUUUUGUUGAAAUCCAAUUCAUAUUUUGCUUGCUAUAAGUGUUUUUACUCAAGAUAUUUAACUUGACUAUGUACAACCAGUACAAUAAAAUUCCAUGUAUUUUGUAUAUUUUUAAAUAUUAUAUCGUGUAAACUUGUACUUAACAGUUAAUAUCUUUCAAAAUAGUUAUGACUUACCAGAUAAAAUACUGAACAAUAUCAAACUUGUUUAAAUUUUAAUUUUGAUAACCCAGUUCUGAUUGAUUCUGUUGAAGAAACUAAAUUAUUAUACUCAGAUUUGAUUAUAUGCUCACAAUAUCUAUUUUUUUAUUCUAUGCAAAUUCUCUAUACAUACUAUAAAUUUAUGCAUGUACUUGAUAUAAACAUCACAAUAAAAUUUAAUUUUCCUGAUAAGAA